UUAUUCCAUUUUAUCCUAUUAUCCCAAAGAGCCAAGAAGCACGUGGCCAAAUCCCCCUUACAUUUCGUAGCUUGCUCCUCAGCCACGGACUAUCUCCAUGGACAUGGAGUAAUGCAAGAAACAAGAAAAGAAACGAGGCGAUUAAUUUAAUUAAAUGAUCAAAAUGGGCUCGCAAAUAAUGAAAGUCACGCCUUUCGCAGCUUCUAGAACGUUCAUUGCCAGCGGCCCCGCUCUCGCAACACUCAAUCGCAUCCCUAAAGCUCCCAUUUCUCAAAUAAUUAGACAUAGCAGCUACUUGUCGGGUGGGGUUUCUGGGUUGGGUCUAAAUCGGGGGAAGAAGGGUUUCAGAAGCGGAGUUGUGGCCAUGGCUACUACUAAUUCAGUGCAUAAAUCGGAUGAGGAGUGGCGCGCUGUUCUGUCGCCGGAGCAGUUUCGUAUUCUAAGGCUCAAGGGCACUGAGUUUCCUGGUACAGGUGAAUAUGACAAGUUCUUUGGGGAGGGUAUAUACGAAUGUGCAGGAUGUGGAACUCCCCUCUACAAGUCAUCAACCAAAUUCAACUCUGGCUGCGGUUGGCCUGCCUUCUACGAGGGUCUCCCUGGGGCCAUAAACCGAACUGGCGAUCCUGAUGGACGGAGGAUAGAGAUCACUUGUGCAGCCUGCGGUGGCCACCUCGGUCAUGUCUUCAAAGGAGAAGGGUUUCGUACACCCACAGAUGAACGCCAUUGUGUUAAUAGCGUAUCGCUCAAGUUCACUCCAGGAAAUUCUGAAUCUUCGCUGUGAUGUCAAUGUCAAGUACAAGCUUUUCCUCUUCCUAUUUGAGUGUCAUAAUAGAGUUGUGUAUGAUAUACUACCUAAUAGUAGAACUUCUCUGUCGUCACUACCGAUUGGUGUAUUCAUUAAGCGGUAUCUCGCAGAUUUUGAUAUGCAUUGCCGAGCUUCGUGUGUGUGUUUUUUUAACGCUUAAAUGCAUUACAAUAUAUGGCAUAUUUAUGAAUUGCUUGAUGUGGUUUUUA